AUGAUAUCUGUAAAACGGGCUCGGCGAUGUCCUAGCCGGCCAACCAUAGCACUCGGGUCCAAACCUCGAAAGCGCGGCGAAGAAUACGGACCGUGGCCUUUUGUGGCUGAAUGGCUUUGUCUACUCUAUUGUUCUCCCCGGAAAACUGCACUGCUGAUGGCGUGGAGUAAGGGAGGAACAGCGUGCCGACUUGUGGUUUCCGUGACCCAUUGUUCUCCGUGGUGGGUGGGGCCAUUUCCCCUAUUGUCCGACAACUUUGGGCCUCGCAACUAUGACCACUCCUGCCGGAUCAGCCCCAGCGUCCGAUUAUGA